UGGCGAUCCAUUGAGAGGAGGGUUUGGAAAAGUGGCUCCUUUGUGACAGCUCUCGCCAGAUUGGGGGGCUGCUCAUUUGCAUCUCAUUAGCCAUGCGGGCGGCCGGCGGGAUAUAAGGGCGGCCGGCGCCGGCGAGCGCAGACCUCGGCGCGCACCCGCGGAGAGCGGCCGGGCCGAGCGCGCACCGGACGCGCAGCCGUGGCGCGGCGUCUCGGCUCGCCACCCGCCGCCCUGUGCCGGGACCCCGUGCUGUUUAUGUGGAUGGCACCGGCUGGGUCCUUCGGGGAGACGCGUGUCUGCGCGGGGGCGCGGGACACACGAGUCCGGGACGCUCCCGGCACGCACGCCGCCGCCGAGUGACACGGGCCCGAGCUGCAGGGCGCGCCGCGCACACUCGCCGCCGCCGGGGUCCCUGUGCGCGCUCCGCGGGGCCCGGGAUUAUCGCCUCGCCGGUGGGAUUUCCAGACCUCGGCUCUCUAAUCGGACUCGGAGGAAGCUCUUUGGGAAUUAAGCUGAAAAUCUGGACGCUUCCUCCCCUCCCCCCCCUUUUUUUUUCCUGGGAAGAAGCUUGAGACAAAACCAGGAAGCCAACGACCCCUACCUACUGGUGGACUGGAAGAAAGGAGGAAAACCGAAAGUUGCGGCUCCAUCAGCAGGCUCGGAGCCAGCCCUUUGCUCGUACACCCCCAGAGCGCCGUCACCCGCGCAGGGCGGAUCUGGACGACCGCAGCCCCCGAAAGAGGAGACACGGGCUCCGGAAGAAAGGAGCCCUGAUCACCCCGGCCCGCGGCGGAGCGGCGGCGCUUCUCUGUCCACGCUCCUGGGGGCCACGGCCACCUUCGGGCACCCCCCGCAGUUCUAGGGCCCGAAGGCGGGGGCGCAGGGGAGCUCGAGCGCGUCCAGCGGUGCACCAUGGGCCGCCGGUGCGCCCUGGCCCUCGCCGUGGUGUCGGCCCUGCUGUGCCAGGUCUGGACCUCCGGGGUGUUCGAGCUGAAGCUUCAGGAGUUCGUCAACAAGAAGGGGCUGCUGGGAAACCGCAACUGCUGCCGCGGGGGCGCGGGGCCGCCGCCGUGCGCCUGCAGGACCUUCUUCCGCGUGUGCCUCAAGCACUAUCAGGCCAGCGUGUCUCCUGAGCCACCCUGUACCUACGGCAGCGCCGUCACGCCGGUGCUGGGCGUGGACUCCUUCAGCCUGCCCGACGGCGCGGGCGCCGACCCCGCCUUUAGCAACCCCAUCCGCUUCCCCUUCGGCUUUACCUGGCCGGGCACCUUUUCGCUGAUCAUUGAAGCCCUUCACACAGAUUCUCCUGAUGACCUCACAACAGAAAACCCAGAAAGACUCAUCAGCCGCCUGGCCACGCAGAGGCACCUGACUGUGGGCGAGGAGUGGUCUCAGGACCUGCACAGCAGCGGCCGAACAGACCUCAAGUAUUCCUACCGCUUUGUGUGUGACGAGCACUACUACGGGGACGGCUGCUCCGUCUUCUGUCGCCCCCGAGACGACGCCUUCGGCCACUUCACCUGCGGGGAGAGGGGGGAAAAAGUCUGCGAUCCUGGCUGGAAAGGCCAGUACUGCACUGAACCAAUCUGCUUGCCAGGAUGCGACGAGCUGCAUGGGUUUUGUGACAAGCCAGGGGAGUGCAAGUGCAGAGUGGGCUGGCAGAGCCGGUACUGUGACCAGUGCAUCCGGUACCCAGGCUGCCUCCACGGCACCUGCCAGCAGCCCUGGCAGUGCAACUGCCAGGAGGGCUGGGGUGGCCUCUUCUGCAACCAGGACCUGAACUACUGCACACACCACAAGCCCUGCAGGAACGGGGCCACCUGCACUAACACGGGCCAGGGAAGUUACACCUGCUCUUGCCGGCCGGGGUACUCAGGGGCCAACUGUGAGACGGAGAUCGACGAGUGUGGCGCCAGCCCCUGCAGGAAUGGAGGCAGCUGCACGGAUCUUGAGAAUGGCUACUCUUGCACGUGCCCACCCGGCUUCUAUGGCAGAAUCUGUGAGCUGAGUGCCAUGGCGUGUGCCGACGGCCCCUGCUUCAACGGGGGACGGUGCUCAGACAACCCCGAAGGAGGGUACACCUGCCGCUGCCCCGUGGGCUUCUCCGGCUUUAACUGUGAGAAGAAGGUGGAUUCCUGCAGCUCUUCACCCUGUUCUCAUGGUGCACAGUGUGUGGACCUUGGUGAUGCUUACCUGUGCCGCUGCCAGGCUGGCUUCUCCGGGAGGCGCUGCGAAGACAACGUGGAUGAUUGUGCCUCCUCCCCGUGUGCCAACGGGGGCACCUGCCGGGACGGCGUGAACGAGUACUCCUGCACCUGUCCCCCAGGUUACACAGGCAGGAACUGCAGUGCCCCUGUCAGCAGGUGUGAGCACGCGCCCUGCCACAACGGGGCCACCUGCCACGAGAGGGACCGGCGUUACCUGUGUGAGUGCGCCCGGGGCUACGGGGGCCCCAACUGCCAGUUCUUGCUGCCUGAGCCGCCCCCGGGCCCGGCGGUGGUGGUGGACCUCACCGAGAAGUACGUGGAGGGCCAGGCCGGGCCCUUCCCCUGGGUGGCCGUCUGCGCCGGCGUGGUGCUUGUCCUCAUGCUGCUGCUGGGCUGUGCCGCCGCCGUGGUCUGCGUGCGGCUCAGGCUGCAGAAGGACCGGCCCCCUGCCGAGCCCUGCCGUGGGGAGGCGGAGACGAUGAACAACCUGGCCAACUGCCAGCGCGAGAAGGACAUCUGUGUCAGCGUCAUCGGGGCCACGCAGAUCAAGAACACCAACAAGAAGGUUGACUUCCACGGGGACCACGGGGCUGAUAAGAACGGUCUCAAGGCCCGCUACCCUGCUGUGGAUUAUAACCUAGUGCAGGACCUCAAGGGCGACGCUGCGGCCGCCGUCAGGGACCCCCAUGGCAAGCGUGACGCCAAGGGCCAGCCCCAGGGCUCUGCAGGGGAGGAGAAGAGCACCCCGACACUCAGGGGUGGAGAAGCACCUGAAAGAAAGAGACCAGACUCCGUGUAUUCUACUUCAAAAGACACAAAGUACCAGUCAGUGUACGUCAUAUCGGAGGAGAAAGACGAGUGCGUCAUAGCGACCGAGGUGUGAAAUGGAGGUGAUGCGGCAAAGUUCCCGUUUCUCUUCACAUAAAUAAAAUUCCAAGGAUAUAUGCCCCAGGGGAUGCUGCUUGAAAGAGGAAAGGGAGACCCGCGGACUGCUGCUGAGGAACCCAUCCGGACCCAGCCGGCUCUCCCUUCCGAGGCCAGCUGGGGACGCGGCGUGGCUGCAGCUCGGCGGCGGCCAAGGGGCCUGUUGCACUGCCUUCUAGGACGUUCCCGUUGCACUAUGGACAGUUGGCUUUUAAAAAAUAUAUAUUUAAAUGAAUGGACUUAAUUGCUACGUGAGAAGCAUGCACUGCCUGAAGUGUAUAUUUUGGGUUCUCAUGAGCCGGUCUUUUCUUGAAUUAGAAUCACAAACACUGCCUUUAUCGUCCUUUUUGAUACUAAAAUGUGUUUUUUCUAGGUGGAAAAAAAAUGUGUGUUAUUUUUUUGGACUUGUAAAAAUAUUUUUCAUGAUAUCUGUAAAGCUUGAGUAUUUUGUGAUGUUCAUUUUUUAUAAUUUAAAUCUUGGUAAAUAUGUACAAAGGCACUUCGGGUCUAUGUGACUAUAUUUUUUUGUAUAUAAAUGUAUUUAUGGAAUAUUGUGCAAAUGUUAUUUGAGUUUUUUACUGUUUUGUUAUUGAAGAAAAUCCUUUUUAAAAUAUUUUUCCAAAAUAAAUAUUAUGAACGACGA